AUUAGUAUACAUAUGUGAAUUUGUGGAUGUUUUAAGUUUCUUGAAUAAUUAUAUAACACAUAGAGCACAAGAAUGCACGCGAAGUCGAAAUCGGCGAUUUUCAAUAAACGCUAUCGGAGACAAAUUCUCGCCACCCUAACAGAGCAUAUUAUGACCUUCGCUCAUGCUGCAGGUCUAGGCUGGCUCUCACCUACAUUAAAUAUUCUUCAGUCUCCUGCUUCGCCGUUAGAUUUUCCAGUUACUACCGAUGACGCUUCUUGGAUUGGUUCUACCUUUGGUUUAGGUUUCAUAGCAGGAAAUGUAUUCUUUGGACUCACCAUGGAUCGCUUCGGCCGCAAACUGAAUAUGUACAUUUUGGCUUUCCCCCAUAUGAUUUUCUGGAUACUCAAUUACCUGGUGCAAAGUGUUGAAUAUUUGUAUGUAGGACGUUUUAGUGCGGGACUCGCUAGUGCUGGUAUCUUUCUGGUUGUGCCGGUCUAUAUAAGUGAAAUAACGGAUAAGGACAUACGCGGUGCCCUCACCGCCAUGGCUAUGAUGUUCUUCAGCACCGGUUUGCUAUCCGGUUAUAUAUUGGCCACCUAUCUCGACUACUACUUAAUACCCUGUAUCAUUGUAGUGCUGCCUAUUAUUUAUCUCGUGGGAAAUUUAUUCCUUCCAGAGACACCACAGUGUUUAUUGAAACAUGGUCGUGAGAAGGAGGCAGAGUUCUCCUUCAACUUCUAUAAAAAUAUUGAACCACAGGAUAAAAUGCAAUGCUUUGCUACGCCCCUUGCCACAGAGGCAGAAUUCAAAGAACUGAAGACAGCUAUUGAGCUAGGAGGCCUCUCAGCGCUUGUUACACUCAGGGACUUUUUUAACAGAUCGACGUUAUUCAAUUUCUUCACCGCCGCAAUUUUGUGCUUACUGAAUCAGCUGUCUGGUAGCUUUGCCAUCAUCAACUACAUGGCGAAUAUAUUUGCCGCCUCUGGUUCGACAAUUGAUCCAAACGUUAGCGCCAUCGUUAUGGGAUUCGUACAAAUAUUGGGCUCGCUGUCGGCCACGGUGUUGGUGGAACGUUUCGGACGUCGACCACUGCUUCUAUCAUCGGCUGUUGGCAUGAUGGCGGGCAUGUACAGUUUCGGUGCAUUCGUACAAUUUACCGACGCAGAAACGAAGGCCGCCUACAACUGGGUACCAAUUGUAUUCAUGAUGUUGGUGGUGUUUACGGCCUCCUAUGGGGUUUUUGGUAUAUUUUUCACCAUCGUCGUGGAGAUGCACCCGGCAAAGAUACGGGUCCAGGCUUUAUCUAUUUGUAUGUUAUUUAACAGCAUUUUAGUAUUUAUAACACUGAAGUUGUAUCCAUUUUUCCUAUUUGAAUUGGGUAUUACCGUUACUAUGUACUCCUGUGCUAGUGUUUGUGUGGCUGCUGGUAUCUAUCUGUACAUCUUUCUACCGGAGACGAAAGGCAAAUCAAUGGAUAAGGAUUAGAAUCGUACAUAUAAACAUAUUUACGUGGGCAAAAAUUGAGACUCGUUGCAUGUCUAAUGUCUAAUAAAAAAUUAGGACUAUAAAGAAUAAAGCAUUGAAUUGUUGAACUCUCACUUAAAUAGAUUAAUCAUUUUAUUUUAAUAUCGGGUAUCGGAAUAUUGUCUCUAUUCAUUAUACUCUCGCAACAAAAGUUGCUAAAGAGAGUAUUAUAGUUUUGUUCACAUAACGGUUGUUUGUAACACCCAAAACUAAACGAGUUAGAUAUAGGGUUAUAUAUACCAAAGUGAUCAGGGUGAAGAGUGGAGUUCAAAUCCGAAUGUUUAAGAUAUCUUGAUGAAACUUGGCACACUUAUUUAUUGGCACCACAGGAAGGUUGCUUCGAAAAUGAGCAAAAUCGGACCACUGCCACGCCCACAAAAUGGUGAAAACCGAAAACACAUAAAGUGCCAUAACUAAGCCAUAAAUAAAGCUAUGGAAAUAAAAUUUAGUAUGGAGGAUCGCACUAUGAAGGGGCAUAUUUGGAUGUUGUUUUUUAGGGAAGUGGGCGUGGCCCCGCCCCCUACUAAGUUUUUUGUACAUAUCUCGCAAACCAAUAGAGCUAUAUAAACCAAACUUUCUGCAGUCGUUUUUUUUUAGCCAAAAGUUGGGUUGAAAAUUACUAAAAGUGGGUUAACUCACUAACGAAAAACGUCAGAAACACUAAAUUUUACAUAAGAAAUGGCAGAGCUGCACUCAGAGUUUUUUACAAAAUGGAAAAUGGGCGUGGCGUCGCCCACUUAUGGGUCAACACCAUAUCUCAGGAACUACUCGACCGAUUUCAAUGAAACUUGGUUUGUAAUAGUUUUCUUUCAUCCCAAUGAUAUGUUGGGAAAAUAGGCCAAAUCGUUUCACAACCACGCCUACUUCCUAUAUACCAGAACUUUGAAGACGAUCUGAAUCGUUUACUUUACAAUAUAUAAAGUAAGCACUAGUGAAGAUAUCGAUGCAGAACUUUGCAUAAAUACUGCAUUUAUAGUGUGGCAGCCCCAUUCUAAAAAUAGCCGAAAUCGGACCAUAGGUUUUCAAGGCCCCAUAUAUCGAACACGAGGACCUCGGUGCUUCUAACCUAAUAUUAUGGUUUCCGACUUUCAAUGGACUUUAUACAAUAUAUAUGACAAAUAUGUGAGUCAAAUUGUGUAUUAUAUAAUAUAAAUAAAGUUAAAUAAAUAAAUUGCGAGAGUAUAAAAUGUUCGGUUACACCCGAACUUAGCCCUUCCUUACUUGUUUUGAUUCAGAAUAUAUCACUCAAUGAAUACAGAUAGGAAUUCUUUAAGGAAUAUAUGGUUAACGUACAGAUAUAUAAUACUGAACAAUUUUAUUUGAAUAUUUUACAAAACAAGAUAUACCUAUAAAAUAUUAUUUAGUUUUUGUCCAUUGAUUUUCCUUUCGUCUCCGGCAUAAAUAUAUACAAAUAUAUUGUGGUAACUAUAGAUAUUGCACCACAGGUGUACAUUGUGGCAGGAAUACCCAAUUCGAAUAGGAAAUAAGGGUAUAUCUUCAAGAUCACGAACACUAGAAGACUCACAAAGCACAUCGAUAUCGAUAAUGCCUCGGCACGGAUCUAAAACAAAAACGAAAAAAAAGAAAGGCAAUAUUUCCACAACCAUGGUGAAGAAAUUUCCAAAGAGUCCACUGGCGGAAGUGAAAACCACAACUAGCAUAAAGGCAAAUGGCACCCACGUGGCAUAUUGAUCCUUCGUGUGCGCACCGGCGAACUGUUCAAAAGCACCGAACCCAAACAUGCCAAUAAUCAUGGCUGUGGUGGAACAGAACAACAGCACCCUUCUACCAAAUCGUUCCACAAACAAGGUGGCAAAUAAUGUUCCACAUAUAUGCGAAACGCCCACAAUUGUGGUAGACAAAUAAGGAUCCAUUGUAGAGCUGGAAGCGGCAAAUAUUGAAGUCAUGUAGUUGAGGAAGGCGAAACUCCCCGACCAUUGAUAUAAGAUGCAGAGCACAAAGGUGUGAGCAAAUGCCUUGAGCGCCGACCUUUCAA